GUCGUCGUCGUCGUCGUCGUCGUCAUCGUCGUCAUCGUCGUCGACAUGGUGGUGGGUCGCAAAAAUCGCGUGUUACAUCGCGCUCGAUGACGACGACGACGACGCGGCCAUGCGGCGCGCAAAGAAUAAAACGCAUCGGCGCGCAACUUACUCUUAAUUGGUCCGCCAUGCUGGCCAUGCGCCGGCCGGCUGGCAAGCGGAAACAAUUUUUUUCAUCCUGCGUACGAUUUCCCGUUUGCGAUGUGUAUCACAGAAACGCUUGUUCGCGUUGCCAAUGGUAUGGUCGACGACGUCGCGAUGCUCGUUGAUUCGCACAUUGUGCGUUUCUGUUCGUCGACUGUCCGAACCCGCGGAAAAUCUCUCUCGGGGCGUCUGUCGUUUCCCGCCAUUUUUCGCGUCCUCUGAAUGUUACUACGCUCACAUGCGCGCGCGCACGCCGCGUUUUUGCGCACCGCGGAAAAUAGUUCCGGAUACUUGACGCGAACGAGCAUCCUCCCCUUCAAUGGGGUGGGAAAGGGGGUGGCUGGCGCUACGCUCCACGUCCCCAUUUAAAAAAAUCAAUACUUAAUAAUUAGCAAUUAAUACGCGCGCCGAGUGCACGUGUGUGCGUAUGUCUGGCGAUUACCCUCCUUCCCGCCCUUCUUCCCUCUCUUUUCCUCUGCUCCCUCCCCCAUCGGCGUGCCCGUCGAUCCUAACAAUAAAGCCGCGUUCGUAUAAUGAGGCGAUCAUUAUUUUGUUAAUUAUUCGUAUUGACGUUUAUUAUUUUCCUUUUUCGUCCUGGCGACUGCGGGACUGCGCGCGCGAGAUUACAUGCGAAUCGGGAGAGAAACGUGCGAUGCCCGAGAGAGGAAUUUUCGCUGUGACGGAUGGAUGAAGAUAAUCCUCCGGAAAAUGUAACGAAGCGAUGACGAUUACGUGUUCAUCACGAUCGGCGAUGAUAAUGAUAGCGAUAUUUCCAAUCGGGUGACAACUCGCUCGAACGUUUUGAUUUCGUCGCCUUUUUGACGCUAAAAUUCUGACAAUGCACAACUGCUAUGAACAGUGUUUCAAAUUGAACGAACAUUAACGAAGCAAGUACAAACGAUAUCGUAGCCGUAAUUAUUAAUGCAAUAAUAUUUGAACAAACAAGUAAAUAUCAAUCGCGUAGAAUUAUUUUCUUAGCAUGAGAUAUUAAGGACCAUGAGCAAUUUCCGACGAUUGAUAUAUCUCAUUAUUAUUUUUAUAUUAUUGUUAUUAAGACCAUUGUUCAUUAUAAUUAUGGCUCAUUAUUGUUUAUACAUGUAUGUAUGUGUUCGAGUAUUCUUUUCAAAAUGGAUUCAUUUGUUGAAGAUGUUAACGUUGACAUUUUUGACAAUCACGAUAGAAAACGUAAAGAAAACAAAAGCAAAUAACACAGACAGGCUAUAACCUAUGAGAACAUCUCCAGAGCAAUUAAGAGCAUCAGCAUGGAGAUAAUUACUAAAUUUUCGUCAUUCUCUACGGGGACUCCACGAGAAAAAGGCGAAAUCACGUAUCGCAAUGUCUCAUAGAAUACACGUUAUUAUCAGAAAAAGUCACUUUGCAUUACCUUUCACAUAUCUCUAACAAAUAUAUUUGUAACACGCGAUCUCUCUUCUUCUGUGUAAAUUACCGGCGAGAAAGAAUGUCGAACAAUCAAAUCUGUGGCUACAUAUCUUUGCUGUACAGCGUCGCGGGCAAACCGCUGGAUUUAUGGUCGAAGCACGUUUCUUUGGGCGGCAAGAUCCGUAGGGUGAGCGAUGAUAUGCUACACGGCGACAGAGUGAUCGAGAUCGUGGGUCCCCAUGACAGUAUCGUUUCCACGAGCAUAACUGCUCCUGCCGAGGUCGUAAACACUUUGAACAUAAGGCUGCCGGUUCUCGUAUUAAUAAUAAAGAAUUUGAAAUCACACUUCAAAUUGGAAGUCCAGAUAACAGAUAAGAACCAGUAUCGAAAGAGAUUCUCGUUCAUGACAUACAAUCUCGAGAAAUUACCAAGUAUCAAUGCAAGCACGGCAUGUAUUCCACUGAAAUUGGAAGAAUGUUGGAACAUCCUGGAGAUAAAUCUUCAGACACUUUGUCGCAUGGUGUACGGGACGGAUUACGAGGCGCUCCAAAGGAUGAUUGUCUAUUCCGAUUGUCGUCUAAGGAGAGUAUAUCUGCAAGAUCGUCAUUAUGGUCAUGAUGAAACGCCUAUCGAAUUGUGCAACGCAUUUCUCGAUGCGUAUAUGUCCAAGUGGGGAAUUAAUUUCAUGGAGAAGACUUGUCAGACAGAAGAAUGUUAUACAGGUUUCACACAUGUAUUUCAUACAAGUAGUAAUCAUACACAUCGAUAUGUCUAUUUUUCGUUUAACUUUUUAGGAUUAUCAAAACAGCGCGAUUCGAAUCCUUUGAAAAGUAACAAUACGGCUGUAAAAAGUAAGGCUACUGUUUUAUCAGUAAAAGCUGGCUCAUCUAAAGAUACUAAUGACACUGAUAAGUCGGAUAAUUUAAGCGCACUUGGUACUAUCAUGAAUUUGCAUGAUUCUAAAAUAUUGAAGGGGAAUUAUGUAUCAUUAGGCACAUUAAACAAUGAAGCGAAAAUGCAUAGCAAUCAGUAUGUUAUCAGACAACAAAAUUGGAUUGGUCGUCCGAAAUUUUUAAUGAACGAAACGACCGUAAGAAAUAAGCUAAGAGAGACUAGUAAUAACAUGACGGAAAAACAGGAAAACCGAAACAAAAAAGUAAUACACGAGACAGGGGAUGCAAAUUCCUUCGUGAAACUUAAUCAUAUGUUGCAUCUUGCGUCUCCUGCCAGAACAAGUCAGUUUUUGAGGAUGCAUGUCGACAAGACACUAUUCCAGAAUAAUUCCCAAAAUAAAACAGAAUUUCCAAAACGUCUGUAUCCAUAUAGAAUUCGAGAUUCGAAAGAUACUCCUGUUGCACAAAAAAGUAAUGUUGAUUCUGUUACGAAUACAAAAUUUAGAAUAUCUGUCACCAAUUUUCCUGUAGCUUCUAAACCCAAUUUAUCUACAAAUACUGGCAUUAGCUGCAAUAAAAUGAAGAAUGAUAUAAUUGCCUCAAGUGACAAAUAUUUAAAAAAAAAAAAAUAACCAUUAACGGUUUAAGAUCUUUGGUUACUGUUGAGGAAAAUGUUGAAGAUGGUUGUAUUUCACAUUUGAUCGGAGAAAGGACAGAACAGAGUAAUGUGAAAUCGCAAAGCCUGAAUUUGAAAACAAAUGAUAAAACUAUAUCUGAUCUUAUGGCUACAUAGUCUUGUAGGUAAAAGAUCCUUCGAAAAAUUACAGGAUAAAGAACUUAUCAGACCGUUAAUAGAACUGUCUACUUAUAACGCGAGAAAUUCCUGCAGAUAACAGAAACUUGUACAUGGACGCAGAUGAUGCAUGCAGAAGUAUAUACUGGUUUGUGAUUAAUUUAAUCAUUAGCUGGAAAUUCAUCUAAAAAAAUAUACUAUUUAAGAUUUCAUGUAAAAGGACAAAAAUAAUGUGUAAUAAACAUAAAACAUUAUUUUAAUUGUUGUUGAGUAAAAGAGAGUAAUCUUAAAAUUUUAACAUUUUAUUUUUAAAGUGGCUUCAACAAGUUUCAGUGAAUUCAAAUAUACAAUUCAUUAAUAAUUAAUCCUUUUAAUAUCUUUUAAUACUUUUUUUGCUUUUUUGAGCUAAUAAAAAUCAUUUAAAUUCUACUGACACAACUUGUCCUUUGGAUACGAUCGAUUCAAAGAGCACAUUUAUAUCUUGUGAUUAACCAUGGACUCCAAGUGUUUCCAUGUAACUUAUGUCACAUAUACUAUAGCUUUUAAUUUAAGUAAAGUCAAGUUAAGUUAAGCAAUAUCUGGUUUUAUCUGUAAUCCAAUUUUUAUGGUACAGCACAAGCUUCAUCUUUCUCAUAAACUCAUAAUCAUUGAUAUUUUUUGCUGUUUUUGAUGA